CUGGAUUCUUACCCGGAAGUUUACAUUUUGCUGUCACUAGAAGCAGGAUGGAAACAGUAGCUGCUGUUCUUUAAAAGUGAGUGCAGAGCAUCAUGGGGAACACAGAGAGUGUGGUGGUGCAGAAGCGACUGGCCCGCUUCCGCCCAGAGGAGCGGCCUGUGGUUGAGGGGGUUUUCGACAAACUCCAGGGCAAUACUGGGGGGACUGCGGGAUCCUCAGGGAAGACAGUCAUGGGAAAGGCCAUGACACUUGAGAUGCUGCAGUCCUCGAUGGGCGGCCUGGCAUCUGAUUCCAUGGUCAGGAGGAUCUACCAGUGCAUGUGUAGUAUUGACCCUGGACUGGCAGCAGCAGGAUCAUCUGGGAAGACCAGCACCCCUUCUUCCUCUGGAGUCGGUCGAGAGCAGUUGGUCAUCUUUCUGGCAGACACGCUGCGAGGCACUGCAGAAGAACGGGCUCCUCUUGUUAUGGCCAUGUCACAGUGUGGCGUCGCAGUGCCGUCAGCCGUCACAUGUGAGCAGGUAGCAGAGUUCCUACAGGACCUGAUUUCUGCUGUAGUUCAGAUUCUGGUCCAGAGAGGGCGUCUGCAGGGCUGGCAGCCAGAGAGAAUGGGUGAUGGUUCACUGGGUGUCAAACUACUAGCAGAGCAGAUGUGUUCUGAACUCAAACCCUCAGAUCAGGGACUUUGUGAUGUUUCGUGUCUAGAGGACUGGAUCUUCAGGGUCUCUCAGGUGUCAUUGUACAUUGAGAUGCUGGUAGCUGAGGGCCUGAAUGUGUCCCUGAGCGGGAGACCGACCCCCACCCUACUGCCCCCCUGCAGAGAGACACCAUGGAAAAACUUGAGGUGUAUGCUGGACCUCCCUACCUUAAUGUUUCUUGCACCACAGUUGCCAGACAGCUACAGCGCCCCCUGGAGGCUUGUGUUUUCCACACAGCUGCAUGGAGAGAGCUUUACCCGGAUGGUGGCCGGCCUGAUGAAGCGUGGGCCCACAUUGCUGCUUCUCAAAGACACAAAGGGACAUGUUUUUGGCGGCUUUGCAUCCCACGCCUGGGAGGUCAAACCUCAGUUCCAGGGUGACUCCAGAUGCUUCCUGUUCACAGUGUUCCCCACACUGAGAGUUUAUACGGCAACAGGAUACAACCAACAUUUCAUGUACCUCAACCAGAACCAGCAGACCAUGCCGAACGGACUGGGCAUGGGCGGUCAGCAUGGAUACUUUGGCCUGUGGCUGGACAGUGAUUUUGGCCGGGGUCACAGCCGUGCACGGCCUAAGUGCACCACCUACGGCAGCCCUCAGAUCUCUGGAGAGGAGGAUUUCACGCUGGACCUGAUGGAAGUGUGGGCGGUCGGCAAACCCCCAGAACCAGAGGAGGGCGAAGAGGGGCAGGGAAAGAAGAGUAUCUUGGAUGUGGAUCCAGAGGUCCAGGCCAUGAUGGAAAUGGCUGGGAAGACUCUGCACAGUCAGGGUCUUAGAGAGCCCGAGGAAGACGAGGACCAGUGACUGGAAACAGGGAGAUAGACCAAAACAAUCCUGAUGUAUUGAGGCUCCUCCUGGUACGGACAUGAGUAUAGAUGUAAUCACCUGACACGGCUGAAUAACCUCCACUUCUGACUUUAAGACAUGCCUCUGAUACCCACAGUGAUUACAGGUUUUCAGUCUUUCAUCCUGCUCAGACACUUCUGCUCCUCUUAAUGACCCACGAGGCUUCUUGUGUAAGAUGGUUUUUCAAAUCGUAUUCUUGUGGUCUUUACUUACAAUUCUUGACCACAGAUGAGAGUUGGAACGUAAGUCACCUGGUAAAUCACACGUUUUCCUUUCUCCCCUAAUCACAAAGAUUUGGUUCAUCACCUGCAUUACUGGUUAACACAUUUGUACAAUAUUUACAAACAAGAGUUCUCCUUAAGGUCUGAUUUCAAUGAUGAAGGAAUCCCUUUUAGAAUAACUUAGGAAAAAAUAUAAUUUGAGAAUCAGAACUUCUGCGUAAAUGUGUUUAUUGCUGAAGCAUUGAAAAUCCCUGCGUCAGUGUCUCCAGUUUUUAUUCUGAGCUGUUGUUGAUCAUUAUGAGUAUUUAAUAAACUUCUUCCAAAGUGA